AUGCAUCUCACCAUAGGUGCGGCUUUUGGCCUUGUCGGCAGCAUUCUUGCUGCUCCUGCGCCAGAUGCCUGCAUAGGUGAUGGGACAGAUGUAGUGCUCCAGCCGUAUGAGAUUGUACAUGAUGGUCAGACAUCUACUACGACUAUUACGCGCACUUAUACCCGCAACUCUUGGUAUACUCAGACUCUUAUCCCUGUCCCGCAGAAUAGCCAUCUAGGUUCAGGAGUCCCUACCUCUCCAGGAGCCCAGUCCCCUUGCAAAGAUUGUGUUACUGUGACCACUACUGGCUCUCUUCCUUACGUCACUACGAUCCUGCCUGGUAGUGAAGGGGACAAGACAACUGUCAUUGUAUGUGCCGGUUCUGGCUCUAGUCCUGGCCAUCCUGGUUCUGGCUCUGGCUCUGGCUCUGGCUCUGGUUCUGGCUCUGGCUCUGGCUCUGGCUCUGGCUCUGGUUGUGUUACUAUCACUACCACUGGAUCUAUCCCCUUCAUCUCUACAGUAACACCCAAUAACCCGGCUGGCACUACCACUGUCUAUCAACAUGUGCCUCACUGCCCGGUAUGCGCUACUGUCACUACUCAUGAUACCAUAGCCUACAUCACAGCGGUACCUCCUGUCUCUACUGGUGGCAAGAGCACAGUCAUUAUCUGCCCUGGACCUACGACAAAGACUGUCACUGUGACUGAUAUGGUUCCUGUUACAACUACCUUGACGCCAUCACCAGGCUGUGCCUAUUGUACGGCUACCGUUGUUUGUCCCCCAGAAGUUACUGUCACUACCGGUGGAUCGGUUCCCGGCACUACAACACUGCCUCCUGCUCCUGGUUGCACUAAGUCGUGUACUAGAACAGUUGUUAUUACAACUACAACAGGGCAUCGACCUGCUACAACUAUUUUCACAACUGGCCCAACUGCUGGAACUUCUACUUUGCCAAUCCCCUCUGGUUGUACUACAUGCACUCAAACCUUUGUUAUUACAACUACACCAGGGCAGCUACCUGCCACAACUGUCUUUACAACUGGCCCAACUGCUGGAACUUCUACCCUGCCAAUCCCCUCUGGCUGCACCAAGUCUUGUACAGAGACAAUUGUUAUCACCACUGUACCAGGUCAACCACCAGCUACUACGGUUUUCACAAAUGGAAAUGUUCCAGGAACUACAACUCUGGCCCGCCCUUCUGGCUGCACCAAGUCGUGUACUGAGACAGUUAUCAUCACUACUAUACCUGGUCAAUCACCUGUUACUACUGUUUUUACCACCGGAGCUAUACCAGGAACUACAACUCUACCAGUAGAUCCUGGCUGUUCAACUUCGUGUACAAAAACAGUUCUCGUUACAAACGUCCCUUCAAACACUCGAGGUGUUAUCACUAUCACAUCCACCGGGUCAGUCACAUCACCAACUGCGACGACCAUUACAGGUACCGGCACGUCUCCUGACACUGUCAUCACCAUCGUUCCCUUUCCUACUGAUCGAGUUACCACCAUUACGUCUACUGCAUCUACAACCGGCUUAACAACCGUUCCACCUGCCACAAGCGGCGGAACGACGACUGUCAUUACAUUUGUUACAACUACUCCUGUACCCACUGGUCCUGUCACUACUAUUACUGAAACCGCCCCCACAACUGGUUUAACCACAGUCCCUCCUGCUUCCAGCGGUGGCACAACCACAGUGAUUACCUUCGUUACCGGACUGCCAACAGGGGGUCGAACCACAGUUACUUCCACUGGUACUGCUACUGGUCUGACUACAUUACCUGCUACUAGUGGCGGUACCACUACAGUUGUUACCUUCGUUACAGGCCCUCCUCUUAUCACAACUGUUACCUCUACCGGCCCAGCUACUAGUCUGACUACGUUACCUGCUACUAGUGGCGGUACCACUACAGUGGUUACCUUCGUUACAGGCCCUCCCCUGAUCACCACGGUCACGACGACUGGACCAGCUACUGGGGUAACUACAAUUCCGCCCGCUAGUUCUGGUGGUACUACUACUGUCAUGACUACUGCCACGGGACCUCCCCUGAUUACCACUAUUAUAACUACUGGAACAGCUACUGGCGUGACUACAAUUCCCCCUGCAAACUCUGGUGGCACUACCACUGUCGUCACCACUGUAACCGGGCCACCUAUGGUUAUCACGCUUACGACCACAGGAACCGCAACAGGUCUUACCACCUUACCUGUAACUAGCGGUGGCACAACCACCGUCAUAACCACCGCGACAGGACCUUCCCUGGUUACCACAAUUACUGUUACAGGAACUCAGACCGGUCUCACUACCCUGCCAGCCACUCCAGGUGGAACAACUACUGUUGUCACCUCUGUAACCGGGCCACCUAUGCUUAUCACUGUCACAAGCACAGGGAGCGUAACUGGUCUGACUACAUUACCAGCCACCUCGGGUGGCACGACUACCGUUGUGACCUAUGUAACUGGACCUCCUAUGCUUACCACGGUCACAAGCACAGGAACUACAACUGGUCUUACUACAUUACCAGCUACCUCAGGAGGCACUACUACUGUUGUGACCUUAGUCACCCCGGCCGGUGCCCUUACCACUGAGACGUCUACUGCAUCAACUACAGGCCUGACUACCUUGCCUGCAACUAGUGGUGGCACGACUACUAUCGUAACCUACGUGACCGGGCCUCCUAUGGUCAUAACGGUCACAAGUACAGCCUCGACUACUGGUAUAACGACCUUACCUGCAACCAGCGGUGGCACAACUACCGUUAUAACCUUCGUGACGCCGCCUGCGUCUGGAGGUCUCACUACGCAGACGUCGACUGCAUCGACCACCGGCCUGACUACCCUGCCUGCUACCUCAGGCGGCACUACUACAAUUGUUACCUUUGUAACGCCAUCUCUAACAGGAGGUCUAACUACCCUGACGUCCAUUGCAUCAACCACUGGCCUCACCACGCUGGCUGCUACUUCGGGAGGCACUACUACAAUUGUCACCUACGUUACAGAACCUCCUAUGGUCACUACGGUUACAAGCACAGGGACCGCGACUGGUCUGACUACCCUACCUGCUACAUCAGGAGGCACCACUACAAUUGUGACCUUCGUAACGCCGUCACCUUCCGCCGGAGGCUUAACUACCCUCACAUCUACAGCAUCGACCACUGGCCUGACUACCCUUCCCGCUACUUCUGGAGGCACUACUACAAUUGUGACCUUCGUGACGCCGUCACCUUCCGCCGGAGGCUUGACUACCCUCACGUCUACAGCAUCUACAACUGGACUGACUACCUUACCAGCUACAUCAGGAGGUACAACAACAAUUGUCACAUAUAUUACAGCCCCAACUGGCGGUCUUGUCACCGUAACGUCCACAGCAUCAACUACCGGCCUGACUACCCUUCCGGCCACUUCGGGAGGCACUACUACAAUUGUGACCUUCGUAACACCUGUGACUGGUGCUGUUAUUACUCAGACCUCAACAGCAUCCACCACUGGCCUGACUACCUUACCGGCUACAUCAGGGGGUACUACUACUAUUGUCACCUUCGUGACGCCAUUUCCAUCCGGAGGUCUAACUACUAUUACGACUGAAGGUGUAUCAACUGGUCUAACCACGUUGCCUGCUACUUCAGGCGGCACUACAACCGUUAUUACAUUUACCACGCCUGGUGGAGGAGUAACAACGCAGACCUCAACUGCAUCGACAACCGGUCUGACAACCCUCCCUGCGACUUCUGGGGGCACAACAACUGUAGUCACUUUCGUCACGCCUGUGACUGGCGCUAUCAUUACGCAAACUUCGACUGCCUCAACUACUGGCCUGACAACCCUCCCUGCGACUUCUGGAGACACCACUACUGUAAUCACCUUCGUUACUCCAGUGACUGGCGGCUUGACCACCGAGACAAUAACUACAUCAACGACUGGUCUAACGACCCUACCAGCCACUAGCGGUGGGACCACUACUGUAAUCACGUUUGUUACGCCUGCCCUUACAGGCGGUAUUAUCACUCAGACCUCAACUGCAUCGACAACAGGUCUGACUACCCUGCCGGCAACUAGCGGGGGCACUACCACUGUCGUCACCUUUAUCACCCCUGCCCCCACAGGUGGUUUGACCACUCAGACCUCAACUGCAUCGACAACAGGUCUAACAACCCUACCUGCUACCAGUGGUGGGACUACCACAGUAAUUACCUUCGUCACCCCUUCACCUACUGGUGGCCUCACUACUGAGACUUCGACUGCAUCGACCACCGGACUGACGACCCUUCCAGCUACAUCUGGAGGUACUACAACUAUAGUCACCUUCGUCACACCUGGCGGCGGUCUGACCACUGAGACUUCGACUGCAUCAACUACAGGUCUAACCACUCUGCCUGCCACCAGCGGUGGAACUACCACAGUAAUUACCUUCGUCACCCCUUCACCUACUGGUGGCCUCACUACUGAGACUUCGACUGCAUCGACCACCGGACUGACGACCCUUCCAGCUACAUCUGGAGGUACUACAACUAUAGUCACCUUCGUUACCCCUCCCGGUGGCCUGACUACACAGACAUCAACAGCCUCAACUACUGGGCUAACUACCCUCCCUGCUUCCUCUGGCGGCACCACAACUGUAGUCACUUUCGUCACCACUACACAGUCAGCUGCCCCUACCUUCUCAUGUGAUGGGUAUGGGUAUCUGAUCCAGGACACAAGCCUCUACCGAUUGAAUAUUUCAAGUGGCAUGAUAUCCGUUCUUCGCUCACCUGUUGCUACCGGUACCGGCACUACUAUCAAUGCUAUUGGCUACAACAUAUUGGACAACUAUAUUUAUGGUGUUCUAACCGAUCAAACGGGCUCCUCCAUCAUUCGUAUAGAUUUACAAGGGAAUUAUGUCACAGUUGGAACUUUCAAUUUCCCGCCUCUGCUUGGAGACAUUGACUCUCAAGGACGAUACUGGUUAGGCCACACCGAUGGCCGAUGGGCCCAAGUCGAUCUUGUCCCUGGCUCACCAACCUUUGGGCAAGUGAUUCAGUCAGGUACCAAUCCCACGUUUGAUGCAUCUGAUUGGGUGUAUUUAUCCGGUGGUGGUAAUUAUCUUUAUGGAAUUGCCCGUUCGUCUGUAUCCCAAAGCAACGCGAUCUUGGGGCGAUGGGACAUGAACACCAAGACGUGGACGUCACUCCAGAAUUUUGGCAGUAUUACUGCUGACAAUAUCUUUGGCGCUACAUAUGCAGGGGGCAGCAACACCUUUUUUGCUUCUGAAAACACAAGCGGCAGAAUCUUCAAAGUUGACAUUACCUCUAGAACCAUCUCACUCGUCACAAACGGUCCUAUUUCGCUUAACAAUGACGGUGCUAGAUGCGCUCUUGCAGGCAGUCUACCAGGUGGUCCGACAGGUGGUCCUGGCGGGCUUACUACUCAGACAUCAACUGCAUCUACGACUGGUCUGACUACCCUCCCUGCUACUUCGGGAGGAACCACCACUGUCGUGACCUUCGUUACCGAAGCUUCAUCUGUAUCUGCUUGUCCUGCCCCUCGGUGUACUGCCGGAAUGCAGUGGGAUGACUAUGCCUUGCAACGCAAUCCCGUUGCUAACUAUUGGACUCCAGGCACCGUCCCAGAUAAUACUGACCAGGUAUCUGAUGGUCCUUAUCAAUAUGGUUAUCCUCAAUACUCUAUCCAAGAUCAGACUCCAGUAAGAUCUGGAGUCACCAAUACCAUAGGGUUUGGUUGGACAUAUGCGAACCCUACACUCUAUGGAGUGCCGCUAGGCAUUCAAUACUUCGAUCAUAACAUUGUCGACCACUAUGGCUAUUUCAACCCUGUUGUGUCAGGCACUUAUAACUUCACAUUUAGUGGAGUCGAUGACGCUGCCGCCUUGUGGCUUGGGCCAACUGCUUUAUCCGGAUAUACGACCCAGAAUGCCAAUCUCACCGCAGGCAACGUCAACGCAGCCAAUUAUGAUCAGUCAGGCCCUAAGAAACUCAGCGUGCUUGUCCAGGUUUCACGUUGUGAGCUCAUUCCUAUCAGGGUCAUGUAUGUCAAUGCGCAAGGUCAAGGAUUGUUUCAACUCCUUAUCCAGGAUGCCUUCCAGAGGACUGUUAUGUCCAGCGGUCAGCCCGUUACGAGCAACCAGAUUGUUCAUGGGUGCAAUUCCUAA